GCGUUGCCGCGCCUUGUGGCCCCCAAUGUUGGAUGAGAGUGACCUUCGUUCCCUUGAGAAGAUUUGGUGCUUUGGACCUGAGACCACUGGCCCGAACAUGGUUGUUGAUAUGUGUAAGGGAGUGCAGUACCUCAAUGAAAUCAAGGAUUCAGUUGUUGCUGGUUUCCAGUGGGCCUCGAAGGAGGGAGCACUUGCUGAGGAGAACAUGCGUGGCAUUUGCUUUGAGGUCUGUGAUGUUGUUCUUCAUGCUGAUGCAAUUCACAGGGGUGGUGGCCAGGUCAUUCCAACUGCCAGGAGGGUCAUUUAUGCUUCUCAGCUCACUGCCAAGCCAAGGCUGCUAGAGCCAGUGUACCUUGUGGAGAUCCAGGCUCCUGAGAAUGCACUUGGUGGUAUCUACGGUGUUCUGAACCAGAAGAGAGGGCACGUGUUUGAGGAGAUGCAGAGGCCGGGUACCCCGCUCUACAACAUCAAGGCUUACCUCCCCGUCAUUGAGUUCUUUGGGUUCUCCAGCCAACUGAGGGCUGCAACCUCUGGUCAGGCGUUCCCUCAGUGUGUGUUUGACCACUGGGACAUGAUGAGCUCUGAUCCUUUGGAGGCUGGCUCCCAGGCUGCUCAGCUGGUGUUGGACAUCCGCAAGAGGAAGGGUCUCAAGGAAUAGAUGACCCCGCUUUCUGAGUUUGAGGACAAGCUCUAAAUUUUUGGUGUUCUGUGCUACUGUUACCCCCUGCUGGUUUAAUCGUCCAUUCAUCUACUGUAAUGGGAACUACUUUCGAAUUUCAUUUUCUUUAGUUGUCAUAUGGUUCUGUUUCUGAACAUGAUUAGUCAUAUGGUACUGUCCUGCUAAGACUGUUUUGUUAUCCGUCGUGAUGUAACUGAUGAAACAGAGUUGGUAUCUGUGGUAAGUGGUGGUAUUUGCGUA